CAAAUCAAACAAGCAAAAAUUAGAAAAAAUCGAUGAAAAUCGAAGGAUUUGUGUAGAAAAAGAGAGGAAAAGGACGAACGUUUAUUUUGCUAACUUGCUGCAACGCGUGAAGUACAUGCUAAUGGUUACACAAUAACUUCCCAAAAACAGAAAUCAAACCAUUCUCCGUGUUAGAUUAAAAAAAUGUUUGAUCCCAACAGUGGAGGAUCUUCGGAUGUUCAAGUAUCGCCCAAGAAAGUAAUUAAAGGGACGGAAACGCCGAAUUACACUACGUACGAAGAAGAUACUCCAAUUCGUAAUGAGGGUUCUUCGAAUCUUAUACCACAGUGUCGACUAUGCCUUCGACGGGUUCCUCCGUUCUUCCUAACUCUGGUUGAUGCCAAUUUCAAAGGGAAAAUAAGAAAUCUUUUUAACAUGAAAAUAUUUCUAACUGAUGGUUACCCGUUCGUAUGUGGAAAUUGUAGCAAUCUUACGGAUAUGUUUCAAAAGUUUAAGGAAUCAGUUCUGAAAGCAAAAGAGUUGCUGCAAGCAGAAAAAACUGGUCUUGAAAAUGACUUAUGGUAUUCACCAGAGCACACGGCAGCCAUUUCCACUUGCCAGGAUUUGGUAAAUCGGCACAAAACUCAAAUUGAUACAUAUCAUAAUGAUUUAAAAAACCGGACACAAAAUCAACCUACAGAGGCUGAAGCGACCGUACUAGAACCAGAAUUUGUGUGCUCAGUGUUCGAUAAUGGAUCAAAAUUUAAACUAGAUUCACCUGUUGAUUCGAAAUCUGAUGAAAUUGGCUUUCAACAUGCUUUGGACAGUAUCAAGAUUGAACCGGAAAUAGACUUAUCUGAUGGAUUUGAAAAUGACAACAAUUACGAGGAAGAGCAUGAUGUGAAAAAUAUCAAACUAGUGGUUGAGGAAACUAGUGAAUCACAAAUAACUCCCAGAAAAAGAGGAAGGCCAAAGCGAUCUGGCAGUUCUCUACGGUCAACUGGCAAAAAAGUAUCCAACGCCAACAACCCGAAUCAGCAAAUGCAGGGUGCUAAAGGGAAGCAUCGGUUAUGUGAUUUUUGCGGAGAACAAGUGCAUGCUCAGACUAUAGAAGCUCACCUGAAUCAACAUAUUGGACAAAGACCGUAUAAAUGCCCCUUUGAGAGCUGUGAGCUUAGCUUUUUCGGAAAACUAUUACAAAUUCGUCACAUUCGGCGCAUGCACAGUGCCAAAGGAGUCGAAACGCACAAGUGCGAUCAGUGUGGAAAAACGGUCCGAGGGCCGCGACAGUCUCUUAGAGAUCACCAGCAAAGGCACAAGGCUGAGAAGAACCACAUUUGUCGGGUGUGUGGCAAAGCAUUCACGAUGGCUUGGUAUCUGACGCAGCAUUCGAUUAUUCAUUCGGAAAAGUUUCCUUAUAAGUGUAGUUACUGCGGAAAAGAAUUCAAAUUCAAAGCCAGUAUGAAAACUCAUGAAAAAAAUGUUCAUGAAAACUCACGGGAGCUUUCAUUACAUCGAAUGAAAUAAAAACACCGAACAGAGACGUUUAAUAUAUGUGAAUUUCGUAUGUUUCCUAUAUAAUUAAAAAAAAAAGUCAAAAAAUUGUAAAAAUUAAAUUCAUUAGAAGGAUUAUUUGACACAAUAAGUUUCCAUUCUUACCAUGAUGUAGUGCAUAUUGUUUGGUCGUGUGAGGACCAUCUUGUCGCUAGAACGAAUUUCAUAGAUUAUUUUCGGGCCCGAAGAAACCACCCUACGUUCCAGUAAGGGAUGUGUUAGCUGUGAUGGACUAGAACUACAUGUUCGAAAUAUACCUUUUCCUAAAAGCUAUUGAUCUUUGUCUAUAAUUCUUUUAAUUCUCAUAUUUCCCUAUUAAUUUCUAUUAUCUUUAAAAAGUGAUCCAGACCUAAGCAAACAACUGUAAACAAAAAAAAACGAGUUUGGCUUCUUAAAGUCUCAAGGUAUGAGCCGUUUCAAAUAAAGGAAUCGCAAAAAAAAAAGUUUCCAUGGAUUUUGCGUAUUUUUUGAAGGAUUAUCGGCGAAAGAAUAAAAAUAGGGUUUAAAAACACUCUUCAAAUUUCAGGAGCGUUUUUCUCGGUUCGGUGUUUCUGUUUCAUUCGACGCUCACGCGAGAAAUUAAAAUGGAUUCACAUGAGUAUAUCCAAACAAAUGAGUAAAAAGGUGUUAAAUCAAAUAAAGUAUUUUUUUGUUCAUGUCAAUAACUUGUUAAGUAUUUUCUCGAUUUCGAAACCCAACAUCUUAAAAUAAAACUUCGAAUCUUUUUGUACCCACCUUUGCCAGAAAAGUGUUUAAUAAGCUGUUUUCACAUAACCGUUCUUUCUGCCAAGUAUCUCAUCUUUAAUCAGGUAACAACACCUCCAUAACUAUCAACUCAACAUUCAUUAUCAAAUUAGCAUUAAAUUAGAUACCCGCAAGAUAAUAUAAAAAUAUAAAUAAUAUAAUAUAAAUAAUUUUAAUUUAUUUAAUUUUAUGACAUUUUUUGCUUGUUCUUAAUUCUAAAUAAAUAAUAAUAAUAAUAAUAGAAAUAAUAUUUAUUUAAGCCUUUAUUCUGCGCCGCACGGGUGACGAUAUCAAAUUUAAAAAAGUAGAGAUAUUUUUUUACAAAAUCUUUUUAAACGUUCAUUGAACAAACUCAACAUCGAUGAAUACAGAAAGUAAAAGUGUUGAGGUUAUCUAAUAAACGCUCUUAUUAAAAGUAACAUUCAAAGUGUUUAUUUAAUACGAUUUUCACUGAUUAUCACAGAAACUUUUUUGUC